UUCUAUACUAAAUAUGGUCUGCUGAGCUACCAUAUAGAUUUGACUAAAGAGCCACGAAUAAGAAACUUUUAUCGAUACAGUUUAGACGAUCGUCUGUGUGACUGUGUCAGUCGAUAUUUAAUUUUAAAGAUAACGUCUUUUUGAGAGCUGGUUGCACCAUACUCAAGUCUCAAUUGUGUUUAUCAUUUGUAAUCCCACUAAUGUUGACGGAAAAAAGGAAAUUCUUUUAUAUAUGUGCUGGGUUAUAGAGCUAUGAAUGCGAUAUAUCAAAGAUAUUUUUUUAUAAUAAUCGCUUUAGCUUUGAAGAAUGGUCAAUGCUGUCUGCAGCCUCCUAAGAAUAAAGAGUGGCAAAAAAAGUUUAUAUUUGAAGCUCUUCCUUCAGUGAAUGUCAGCUAUGGUGAAAGACUUCAAUUGAGAUGCAUUGUGAAUUUGACAAAAAAUAUAACAUACUUCAAAUUGUCAUCAAGAAUGAAUAAACAAUUGAACACAACUUGUCACAUAAAAGACCUGAAAAGUGGAAUUUGCACUUUUACAAUAAAACACAUUCAGCCAUGGGAUAUUGGAAAGUAUGACUGUAUAAGCAUUCAUGAACCUUAUAUCUGCUAUAGCAGAUCUUUGGAGAUUCGAAAAGCUGACAUCAAGCCGACUCAGAAAAGUGUUGGAACUCAAGUUGGAACAUCAGAAGGAACAGCAAAAAAUGUUUUACUAAAAACAUUAUCAGAUAAAACAACUCCAAGUUGCGGAGCAGGUACUUCCGGGAUACAUCAGAUAAUUUCAAUUACUUUCGUUUUUGCUGCAUGGAAUUUUAUUUUUAUUCAAUAAAUUCCUGUGGAUCCAGAGGAAGUUGUUCUUUUGCUCGAGACACACAGAAAUUCAGAGAAGAUUGAAGUAUUCUGUUGUUGAACUGAUUUUUAUGGACUCGUUUCUGACGACAACAAUUGAUAUCAAUUACCCGAAGAUGCGGUAGAGAUGAAAAUAUAUAAUGUUUCAUCACUUUUUUCCAUAGUUAGUGGUUUGUAUUUUUGUAAAUAAUGGAGUAAAUGUUCCUAACCACGCAGUUGUAAGGGGUGCAAACUUUAACCUUAACUGGAAAUUACUGGAUAAGGGCAGGACCCAGUACAGAGUUGCGUUAUAUGUGAUAUGUUAAUAGUAGUGGGUUGUGGACUAAAUGAGUUGGUUCACAUUAGCCUCUUUAUGCUGUUUCACUCGUGUAGGAAAAACAAAACAAUGAAUUGAACAAACAUUAAACUUUCAGCAAACGCCACACAUUGUUUUAUAUUCGUCCUUCUUUAAGGGAAUGAUUAUUAUGAUGCUUUUAUGUAGAAACUGUUGAAUGCUAAUGUUUAGGGUCUGCUUUUUGUUUUUUGAGUACUUAUUUUUACAUGAGUUACACUAUAGUUAGAAAUAAAGUUCUGCAAAUAUAUUUAUUCUUCUAAAAGAAA